UUUUAAAAGAUUGUUGGGAUCGGGGGUGGGGUUGAGGCGCGCCACGGGCUGACUAUUUACCUUGGGGACAGGUCAGGCGAGGUCAAGAACUCGGUGGCAGGAUGGGGGAGCCACGAAGGUGCUGGCUGCGGUGGCACAACUACAGUGACUCCGUGACGUCGGCGCUGGAGGCCCUGCGCUAUGACGAAGACUUCUUGGAUGUCACUGUUGCAUGUGAGGGACGCACUGUUAGGGCCCACAAAUUGGUGCUGUCUGCCUGCAGUGCUUACUUCAGAAAGGUGCUCAAGGACCACCCAUGUGACCACCCCAUCAUCAUCCUGGAUGGCAUGGGAUGGCGACAGGUGGUGGCUUUGCUGCACUUCAUGUACUGUGGUGAGGUGGUGGUGGAGGAGGACCACCUGGUGGAUCUACUCAAUGCUGCCUCCAGCCUCAGUGUAACUGGCCUCUCCCAUGUCACUUCAGCACUUGUCAGCAGCCAGACCACUCAAGAAGACAGUGAUGAAGAUUUUGAAGAUGAUGAGGAGGAAGAGGAAGAAGAGCUAGAUCAAGUACAGAAAUCCUCUGAAUCUGUCAAGUCCAAGAAUGAGGGAGAGAGUGAAGGAGACUCUUCCUAUGACAGUGAUGCUCCCCCAGCCAAGAGGCAGCGUGUUGACACUCCAGAAAAGUCAGCAGAAUCCAAAAGCUUGGAUGAAUCUCAGUCAGGAAGAGAAACAGCACAGCCACCCACUGGUCAGAGUGUUGCCACGCCCACAGUGCUGCCACCCACCACCACCACCACUUCCACCUCAGUCACUACCACAACUGUUGCCACCAAUGGCCUCAUCAAGCAGGAAGCUCCCUCAACCACCACAUCUCCAGCUGUCCCUCCGACUAAUGACAGCAGUAACAAAGAAAAUGAAAAGAUGGCAGGUAAUCAUCCAGAUAGAAAUAGCAAGGAAGUCAGGAGCACAGGAAGCAAGGUGUUGAAUGGUGACUGUUGGAUCAAGGAAGAGGUGGAGGAAGUCACGGUGUAUCCAGAAAGAGUAGUGGAAGCAAUACAAUCUGGUCAGCAUGAAAAUGAUAUGGAUUCCUUAAAGGAGGCACUAUCCCUGCAGGAAGGAAAAUUGAGUCAAAGUGAUGGGGACAGCAACAGCAAUCCUGUGGCUGGGUCGUCCAACCCCCCUGGGCCUGUCAACUACAUCUCUUUUCUGGCCUCUGAAGGUAUCUUCCCUCCUACCUGUAGCACCAAGGCAAGCACCACAUUGCUUCUCUCCUCACCAGGACUAGGAAACACAGCAAUAAGUGAAGGCACCUUGAACAUGGAGAAGGUGGUACAGCGGGUGUUGUUGCCAUCCCUCCCCAGCACAGGCACACUUCCCCCCAACCUGACACAGCAGGCACCAGGUUCAGGGCCUUGUCCUGCAGCUAGUAACACCAGUGCCAGCCAGCCUUACAUCCACCCUUCGCUUGUGUCAGGGAAGGAAGUGCAGGCCACUCUUGAGCAAUAUCAGCGCAAAUUAGCAUUCCAUGAGCCUCGGCCUUGUCCCACCUGCAAGAGAAUGUAUCGAGAUGCCGCCACUUUACGCACACACAUGGCCAUCAUGCAUGCUGAAGGAAGGGAGCCGUUCUCGUGUUCCUGUGGUGCAUUGUUCCGCACCAAAUAUGACAUGUACCAGCACAAGAAGAAUGGCCAUCGGUAGGCCUCCUGACUGAUCCUCCAGACCAAAGAUGCUGCUGCAGUGGAGAGGAAAGUAGCAUUGAGACAGUCUUUUCAUGCAUUGUAUUACCAAGUCAGAUACUAUUUUUUUUAACCACCAAAGAUUUUUGAAGACUCAAGUUACCAACUACAAUUUGGCACAAAACUUAGGAUAUCUAUAGGAUGAUGCAUUGUCUUGUUAGCAACUGUGUGUGUUUGGCUCAAGUCUGAGGUAAGCAAAUCUUCCUGGGUUUAAGUAUGAUCAAUGGGACUAAUAUUUAGUGUAAGGAUGUGAAGAAAGAGAUACUACACGUGCCUGGGAUUUGUGAUGCUUGGCUCGAGCUUCGUCCAUCUCUUCCCUACUUAUCUGUCAUUGUUACUAACCUUCCUUGUGAUGUUGUAGUUGCAUUUAUGUUUAUAACCAGCAAUCAGAUCUUGCUCAACUUGCAAAACAAGUGUGCCUCAGUGCUAGGUGGUGUCCAAGGCUGUCCACCAGUACUGGACUCUUCCAGACUACAGUCCCCCCAAAUAACUCCCUCCUUAUCAAUGUCCGGUGCUGUUUGCAACUUUUCCCAGUGGAUCAGUGGUGACACAGAAAGCUGUAGAGUUAAGGAUUUAUUGUGUUGUGCAUGGAAGUGACAGGUGAAGGUGAUACUGCCUUCACUUCAGCCUAGUAACUUAAAGCUCAUGUGGAUAUUUGUUGUCAUCCAUGAGUGGGGCAUGUGUUGGUGGUGAAGAAAUGAGAAGUGCUAUGUUUAUACUGAAUAACCUUAGUGAUGAUCCAAGGGAAGGGUGAGUGAAUGAGUGUGUAAGAAUGUGAGUCAAUCCCUUGUGACAGGUGGCAACACAAUCUGUUAACCCUCAACUGAGUUUACCAACUAACAUAUUUAUGAUAGUAUUUAUUUUAAUUUUGAUGACAGUGAUAAUAGCAGUGGUUCAGUUCCAAUACUUAUGAUCUCAAAUUUAGAGAAAAUUUGUUUGGCAUGGCCAUGUGUGAUGCAGACAAUAUUUUUUAUAAUUUAGUUAUAUAUAAUGAGAAUUCCUGCUGAGGAGGAGAUAAUGUAAUAUAUCCCAAGCAGCUUAGGUAUAAUUUUUAUAGAAAAUAUUGUUUACCAUGAGCAUGAUGUACAAAGAGUGUGUGAUGAAGCACAGCGCUGUUUUGUUGAGGCACAGAACUAGAGGGUUGAGGCUGUCGGCUGGUGUCCCACACCACAGCAGCUGUGUGGCCGCCUUGCAACUGGUUACCAAUCAAGCCAAUUGAGUUAGAGCUUACUUAUUAACCGUGGGAGGAUAUGGUUGUGUUACGUUACUUUCUGUUAAGGUUGAGGGAAAGUUACCACCAAGUAGUUUUUAGUUAUGCACUUUUUCUGUUGAUGUAUUUCUUUCUGUUACCAAAUGAUGGAGGGUAGAAUUUUUAUUCUGUUUAGUUUUAAGAAAUUGUUGCUGUACAUUCAUUUAUAAAACCAAAUAUGCAGCCAAGAUGGAAGAAUCAGGGAUGAAUGAGGAGCAAAUUGAAUCUUUACACUUCUGUGAAGUUAGAAAUUUUCACCUUGUGGUGGUUUGAGUGUGCCUUAAGUCAGCUGAUUAAUUAGUACAUAUUACAUAGUAUAUACAACCAUGACAAAAAGGUCUUCAGGCACAUUCCUCUUGUUUUUCUUUUUUGUUCCCAUGACAACAUGGUUAACACUUGUAUCAUUUCACAUUUGUCACCUUUUAAUUCAUUAUUAUUAUUAUUAUUAUUAUUAUUAUUAUUAUUAUUAUUAUUAUUAUUAUUAUUAUUAUUAUUAUUAUUAUUAUAGUUUUUACAAUUUCAUCAUCAUCAUCAUCAUCAUCAUCAUCAUCAUCAUCAUUAUCAUCAUCAUCAUGGUCAUCUUCAUCACUGUUAGUGGUGGGCAGGAAUCAACUCCAAAAUUGAUUAUGGCAAGUCUGGCCUAGCAGUCCCAGAUUUGACUCCCAUCCACAGAAAAUCAAUCCACUCUGCUCCUCACCUACUGCACAACUCCUGAGGCCCCAAGGGUUGCAGACAGGCAGGAUGGUGUGACUGGGGUCAGCUCACUACUGACAGUUGAGUCCACUGCUCGAGUAUUGCAUAAAUUUCUCUGGUAUUAGCAGAUAAUUAUUACUAUAUUCCAGAGGGCAAAUCUGGCCAGUGUGGUGACUCUCAAAUCCCUUAACUGUUUUCUGUCUUGGGUCACGGGUGCAGUCAUACCCAACAGAUUGACUUCACCUAGUCACUGAGUCUGGCAAACCCCUGACCAUUUACCACCAUGCUAGUGCUAUGAGAAGAAUCAAUUCUGGAGUCAAUUUUGGCAAGUCCACCUGAUCAAAGAGUCAGUUUUGUUAAGUCCAAAAUUAGUGAUUCUCACCCAGCCCUAAUCACUGGAGCCUUGCUUUUUGUACCAAACACCUCAAGUAGUCAGACCUGUUUGUAAAUAAAGAGCGGACAGCUACACAUAAGGAGACAGCUAUGAACAGGACAUCAGUUCAAAGGUUGCCUGUAACAUUUAGUUAUGUUUGCUGGGCCUGUAUCCAGUACUAAGACUAGACUUUUUUUUGCCCUUGGAUAGUAAGGAGAUGGGACUCCAAGCACCAAUACUCCUUCUGCAAUGUGUGAGCAUACACAGCUUUUUGCAGCACACGAGUUAUGGGUCCAUCCACGCUACUUUCACUUUUAUGCUGAAAAAUCCUUAAAAGAUUCAUAAAUGUUUUAGUGCAUUUUUUUUAUGGGUUAUUCAUUUAUUUGUUUAUUUUUGUACCUAACUUAAAUUACCUCUUAGGAUGUAGCAUAGACCAUUAUUGGCUUCAUAGGACACACACACACACACACACACACACACACACACACACACACACACACACACACACACACACACACACACACACACACACACACACACACACACACACACACACACACACACACACACACAGAGGAAGCUAGGACUGCUAUUCCACUCCUGUUGGGUUGCAAGGUCACACCUCCUCAGCUUAUAAUCCUGCAGCCAUAGCCUGUUAGGUACUGGAGCAUGAAUGGCCAAGGAUUAAAAACUUAGACCCCUACAUUUUUGCAAGUAUUUGGAGUUUCUUGCACUGUGCAGUCUGGCAGCCUCACUGUCUGGUCCAAGUCACUCUGGUCACUGUUUUGACUGGCCUAGUAUUUGUUUUGGUCAUCUGCAUUCAUACUUCCUACUUAUUACAUGCAGUUGUUCUCUGGCAUUCUUUCCAUGUGUCUAAAUCAUAUCAGUUUGCUUCUUCUUAUUUCAUCACCAGUGUAUUAAAGGGAAAUGUUUAAUGUUAUUAUUAUUUAUUUUAUUUUCAUUUUAUUUAUUUAUUUUUACUGAGGAAAUUACUCUGAUAUACCUGUUAGGUGGGGAAUGAUAACUUAUUUCAUAUGUCUUCUCCAACAUCUGUUGCUUAGAUAUUUUUUGUUUUUGCUCUUUGUCCCUGCUUGAUACAAGCUCCAUCAGUCUAUUCUGCUGUAUCCCCAGACACAAGAAAAGAAAGUUAGUACAACUAACUUAAUCCUGUGUGGAGCUCAACACCAUCACUGUAACAAUGCAAGUAAUUUAACAGUAUGAUUUUGGAUAAACAGACAGCUGCGGUUCCAGAUUUUGUAUUGCAUUACCACACCAACUUUUUUUUAUAAAGUAUGAGGAAGUUAACAGUUGUCAUAGAUAUAUUAAUUCAUAUUUAUGUAUUAAACAUUGUAGAUAAGACAGAAUAAGUAAAUAAAGACAGAGAUCAGGAAGUUAAUUGAUGCAAAUUGGACUUAGCUGAGCAAACAAGGUGGGAAGAACAAACCUGAGGAAGCUAGUGAUGGCUGUCUUUGGUGAUAGUUAAUGAGAAUAGUCUAGUCAUUUCUUCUCUUCAUUAGUGAGUGUUUUGACCAUCUAAGAAGACUUCUUACUUUUGUCUCCACUCAUCCCUCUUAGCUAUUUCUGGCAUUAGUGUGUUAGGGCAGGCUACCAGGCUUUUAUUUGUUGCCAUUAUUAUUAUUAUUAUUAUUAUUAUUAUUAUUAUUAUUAUUAUUAUUAUUAUUAUUAUUACUAUUAUUAUUAUUAUUAUUAUUAUUAUUAUUAUUAUUAUUAUUAUUAUUAUUAUUAUUAUUAUUAUUAUAUUAUCAUCAUCAUCAUCAUUCAUUAUCUUUAUCAUCGUCAUCAUCAUUAUUAUUAUAAUCAUAAUUAUUGGCAUUACUGUUGGUGUUGUCAUUGGAUCGAACUCUUAAAACAGUAGCUCCUCAUUUCUCCAUGUAUCUUUGUGAUUUGAAUGAGUUAUUUUGUGGCAGGGAAGAUAAAGAAAGGUGAGAAAUGCUCCUCUUGUACAAGAAAAUGGUUUGAAGCAUAUGAACAAGAUGGUGUCAUUGUGGCUCUUCUUUGUCUUUGUACUAUUUAUCCCUUCCAUUCACAAACAUGCUGUUCAAAGAUGCUCCAUUACAUUGGCACAUGAGUAGGAGAUUCAGAAUGGUGUGCAUGCUCUCUUAUGUUGGCAUUCCCUCCCAUUGUGUGCAAGUGAUGUACUGCAUGUGCAAUGGAAAAUAUGUUGCCAGCAUUUCUGGGCAGGCUUCACCAUGGCUUGAACUUAUGAAACUGUACUUUAAGCAGCUUAAACAAUUUAUUUAUUUUUAUUUUUAUUUUUAUUUAUUUAUUUCUUAUGCUUUCUAGUAUCAUUACUGUGUGUGUGUAUGUGUGUGUGUGUGUGUGUGUGUGUGUGUGUGUGUGUGUGUGUGUGUGUGUGUGCAUGCAUUUACACAUGUACAUGUUUGUGUUUUACUCAUGUUUUGUCUUGUAAGCUUUGAGAUAUUGGGAGUACAUGUCUUGUACCAUUAGCUGUCAGUUGGGCAUUGUGGCCGGUAAAUGGGAAGAGUCUUGGGCUGAUGGUAAAGUUUGCUUAAGCUGAAUCACUCCUGUGUGAUGUGCAUGUUACCAAUAGUCUUAAUUUUGGAAAGAAGCAGGUUUUUUUUUUUUUUUUUUUUUUUUUUUUUUUUUUUUUUUUGUAAUGGAAAGUAGUUUUUAAUUGUGUGUUUGUGAUUCAGUGAAGUGGUGUCAACACAACAUAGUAAUAAGGGGCCAGAAGCCAGACUCAAACCUGGCAUUUGCCUUAGUGGUGACUUUCCAGUAGAUGAAAUUGCCUGUUGUUGUUGAGCCACAUUCAGAUGAAGUGGCUUGGAGCCAAGUUCCCACAUCAAUCAUUGCCUUUUUACCGGUGGCUUGAAACUUGACACUUUUAACCCUAAUCACCUCUUGGUGAGUGUGGGACUUAAAUGUUCCACAUGCAUUAAUGCUUAUUGCUCAGUGUCCAGUGUUGAAUAGUACGAGUAUAUAAUGCCCUGUCAAGUGUACAAAGGCCAAGAAAAAUUAAGCUGUGAUUUUAAGUGGGCUGGUGACUUCCAUUGACUUGUUUCAGACUUCCUCUUUGUUUUUCAGUGACCAUAAUUAUAAAGGUGUGUUCUUUAUGUGUGAGGAUCUGAGGUUUGCCUGAGCUUGUCAGCUUCAGACAGAUUGAGGUAAUGUAGAAGUUGGCCCCAGACUCUGAGGUGUCUGAGAGCUGUGAUAAGGUCAGUGGAACAGAGGUUGCAGAUUGGUCAUGGCUUUUAAAGCUUUUUAGGCAUCAUUUUUAUAUAUUAGGCAGUUGCAUUGUCUGCCUCAUUUUUAAUAUUAUUUAAUGAGAAUGAAUUGUCACAAAAGUUUUGUAUUACAUAGGUUGGUGAUUUUAAUUUAAAAUUAUGUAGUAAUUGAUAUACCUUUUGUACAUCCCACUCGUGUUGGUGCAGCAUUCCCUUUGACAAGUUGCCUUGCAUUGGCUCCCUGCAUGGAAUGUUGCAAGAUGACACAGGAACACCUUUAGGAAUUUCAUUGUGCAGUGUCAGUGGCAUUAGUAUCAGAUACAGAGUUGCUCACUUUAUACAGAAUUCCCAUUUUCAUCAUGAUUGUUACUUUUUAUCUCUUUAUUUUUUUUUUUACUAUUAGUAGUAUUAUUCAUUUACUCAUUUAUUUAUAUUUAUCUACUUUUUUGUAGAUUCUCUGAAAAUUUGGAUGCAGGACUUGCUUUUAGGAAAGCAGAUAUCAGAACCAUUGUUUAUAGCUGGGGGGGUGGGGGGGCUGCCAAGCCUCAGUGCAACUAAUGCACUAACAUUAUUGGUUGCCUUAAAUACUGAACAUCAGUAGUCUAGUUGAUAGGAUUAUGAUGGAGUUUUACUUUGUGGUAAUAUUAACAAAAAUCUUCCCAAAGGAUUAUUAUCUUUAAAAUGUAAGAUAAUGGGUAAGUUUCACCUUUGAUAAGACUGUAUGCUGAGCACCAUUAGUUAGUUGAUCCUGGCACAAACUGUGGAAACUUUCUCCUGAUCUGUUGCUCCAGAUAGCAUUAAGGUAUCUGUUAGUUAUUUAAGUUUGUAUUAUAGGCAUUUAAUAGGAAUAGACACUGUACAUUUGUUAAUAGAUUUAGCCAGUUUUUAUACAGUUUGACAGCUGUGGUGCAGUUACCAUUUGACUGCCAGUGUUUACCUAAGAUAAAUUUAGUUACCAUUGUUGGGCCUGGAUGUGUGCUCCUUCCCCAUGUUCUUGCCAUUUCGGGAUAUUCUUAAAUACAUCCAGAUCUGCAUUCUAUUUUAAAGAUUACGAAUGAUUUUGUUCUACAUUAAGUCUGUUUUUUUCUGACAGCUUCCUAAAUCGUGAUUUUACUGAUGCAUUCUCUGAACUUGAAAAUCACAUCAUGUGGGCAUUUUGAGCAGUCAUGUAGAUAUAUUAUUCUACUUUUUUACUUCUAAUGUUUAUAGCAAACUGACUAUUUAUCAUAGAGUUCAAAUAGGUAACAUUUUGAAGCUUAGUAAUUGUAUUCUGUCACAGUAUAACAAAAAGGAAAACUCAGCUAAGUAAAAUGUUAAAUAUAUGAGUGAACAUUGGCCAAAAUACAAAAAAAUUAUACUUAAAAUACUCUGCCUUGAUGUAACUGAUUAAAUCUCCUUUCCAAUAAGCAGUAAGCAUUAGGAGUGGAAAUAUCAUCACUUUCUGGGAGAGAUCAUGCAACAUCAGAUGGUCUUUGUUUACCCACAGUCAGACAUGAAGCACAUUAUCUGCAACCACAUGCAGACUGACAGGCAACAACUGUUCCACUAAACCCCUAUUCUGUCUACCUCCCUAAUGCAAGAGUUCACCAGUAUUCUCAAUCAUUCAUCCCUUUCUCUGCUAAACUCUGGAACUCCCUGCCUGCUUCUGUAUUUUCUCCUCAUGACUUUCAAGAGGGGGGUUUCAAGACACUUAUUCUUUAAUUUUUGACUGCCACUUUUGAUUGUUUUUGAGCUUUUUUCUUAUAAGUUAAAAACAAAAGUUUGGUCUUUCAUCCAAACUUUCAUGACUUUUUUUUUAUGUGCAAAGCUGUCAUAUUGACAUCUGCUCUUUUAAGAUCCCAUGAUGUGUAAAUUCAUUGUCAGUAGAUGAAAUGGUUAAUAGAAUGUUGAUCACUGGAAAAUAAACCAGAACCUCAUUUGCCUUAUUGGACGUGUUGUAAUGUUUUCAUUUUGAAAUGUGAAAUCUUUGACCAUAUUUUAUAUAAGUUAACUGGCUGAGUGAAGUUAAUUUGUAUCUGGUAAACCAGGAGUUGAGUGCAGUAGGCUGCAGUCAUAUUUCAGGUCCACACUGUUAUCUUAUUUGCACACUUUAUCCAUGUGCCUUACCUGAGGAAGAUGUGCUCACAGUGAUAGCUUUGUGGAAUGUCAUAGUCAGUGAGGAAAGUUGUUACCCUUAUACUGUGCAGUGGUGGAACUUAGUUUUUCUGAGUGUUUGGUUGACAGUGUUACUGUUUUUGUGCUUUGUGGUCAUGCCAUUGCUAUGACAUAGGAGGUGCUCAAAGGUCCAUAUACUAUUGUAGAGGUCAUUGAAGUUGGGAAUGCAUAGUUCAUUGUACAGUUUAGUUUGUUAUUGAAGGAGUAAUCUCAGUCAUAAAGUAUAUAUGUGUUUUAUCAAACAAAUUAGGUUUGAUGAAAUUAACCUCUUGUAGCUGAUUUAAAAACUUGGGAACUUUUCUAUUCCCAGUGGACUAAAGAUAUCUGUCUAGUGGCCACAUUGCUGUUUUGAAAUGUGAUUGGGAUUUGUUUACCUUGGAAGAUACUGAAACGUUGCACUGGUGAAUCAGGAUCCCCUGUGUGCAGCAUAAGGGAGCAACAUGGACAGAUUUUGGAAUGUGGAAAUGUACAAGUCUCAAAAUGAGCUUAACAAUUUAUGCACAAAUGAAUGUUGCCUUUUUAGCUUUUUUUGAUGUUAUCUGGUAUUGCUGGUGGCAAAUUUACUUGCAUAUGGAGACCAGUUGGUAGACAUUAUCCAUCAUCAGUACUGAAAACCCAGUGUUUACUGAGGUUAUCAUUAUAAAAGUACACCUUUCUUUUUAACAGUGUAUUGGGGUGUGCUACACAUCCCCCAAAAUCUUUACACAUUUAGGUCAGUUAACCACAUUAGUUACAUACUAUUUUAUAGUGUGCAGGAAUCACUCAUAUCUUUCACAAGGAUACCUUUGAAAUGACAUUGUAUGUUAUUAACUAAUGAUAUUUUAAUGUGUUCCUCCCCGAGGUAGCCUUGAAUUAGAAUGCAUCUGAAUACCAUUAGCAUUGUGUGUGUGGGUGUGGUUGUGGUUGUGGGUGUUGGUAUUGGUGUGUGGUUACUGGUAGUGCAGAGGGAUGAGGAAGUAAUGACAAAAAUUUUGGCAUUAUUGAGUCAUGUGUACAUAAACACCAAGCAGAGUGCUGUUGUGUUAUGUUGUCUUCCAUCAAUUAUAGCUGCAGUUACACCAAUCAUGUGAGGUGUGGAAUUUGGUAUACAUACAGUAGGAUAUCAUGGACUCUGACAACACUCAUAGUGAUGGAUAUUGCACUUUAUUUGUCUUGUCCCACGGGGUGUCUUUUGUACUUGAAAGAAAAGGAUAAAUAAGAACAUAAUUGAGGCAUUUAUAUAGUUGGUAACAAUUAUUUUUAUUCCAUGCAAGACCAGUAUAUGGUGGAUCACAAUUAUUUUAAUAUACUACCUGUUGUCAAAGUUUAAUAUAGACAAAUUCACAAUUUUGCUGCAUGGAAUUUGUUUGUAUUGAUUUAUGUUUAUGUAGAACUCCCAAAAUUUAUUUAAUUUCCAGGAGUCAAGUUAUAACAAAGAUGUCCAUUUUGGAACUUUUCUGUUUUCAGCUUUGGUUAAUGUAGAUAAAAAGGGUCUGAAAUUCUUGAGUUAGAAGACAGAAAAUAUAUAUGUACAUGAUUUUGGUUUAUUUAUUAAAAUAUAUCAAGCACACCUUCCCAUCUACCUGAAAUAACAUGUGUAAUACCUGCCAGCUGUGAGAUUGUUGAUGCAGCCAUGACUGGGAAGGGUUGGAUGAGUGAACCACCAUUCCCUGCUGUCUAUUGUGUUGUUCAGGACCAGUGUAACCAUUGCUUAAGUGGAACAAACAUGGAGCUUUAUGAUGAUGGUAAAAGUAUAUGUAUUAACAGAUGAACAAAAUUGCUGGGUCAAAAUCCAUAACGGUGUCAUUAUCUGUUUAUUAUUUGUUACCAGUGUGGAGUUGAUUAUGUUGAGAUGGAAAAAAAAGAUUCAUGUCUGUAUUAACUAUAUGUUUAAGAUAUUCUAUUGCAUUGGCUAGUUUCAAAAUGUAUGAUUGGUAAGUGCAAAAAUAUGUUGGUGUGUGGAUGAUAGUUGUGACCAUUGACUUUUCUUGCAUUUUCUAGUUUUGCAUUAAAAAAUAUUUGCUUGAUCAAAAUUGUUCUGUUUUAGGUCAUAUACUUUGGAAGGGUUCCUACAAUUUUGAAUUUUAUAGCAAUAAUUACGCUGAUACAGUCAUAUAUCUUGUAUUCACAUUCAUGUUUCUUGCUAUUUCCUACAUAACUGUUACUGAACACCUACACUCAUUAGCAUUUUAUAUAUACACAGUAUAUAUUGUGCAUUACAAAAAUAAUUAGUGUUGGAAUCACUCUUAUAGUUGUGCUUCUGACUGUUCCUUAAUUCCAAAGUCAUUCAUUGUUUCAAGACAUUUUUACUGUUUCUCUUCCUUUAAUUGUUGAAAUAUUGUCAUGGUUGCUGAUCCUGUACUUGGUGAAAGAUGUCAUCUCUUUAUAACAUCAUUCUUUGCUUCUUAACCAGUAGUAAUCCAACAGUUGACUGAUUAAUCUAUUAUGAAAAGUGUUAAAGAAUUCAUGCGCAGUGUGUAUUUAUUGUUUUGUAUAGAGAUAAAAAUGUAUUCCAGGUGAUCUGAUGCAUCAAAUUUCAGAUUUUGAUGCAACGUGUGUAUACAAAUGUCCGCAGUUAUGUGAGUGAAAAAAGUGCUGUUGGGGAAUACUUUAUAUAAAAAACUGUAAAGCUUUUGAGGUGGAAGGAAGGCAGCUCAAGGCAAUCUACACAACACAUGUACACAGGCAGAAAGUGGGCAUAUCUGUCAACAAACAAUUGUGGUUCUACGUCCUCUGAAAUGACGAAACAAUGGGGUCAGGAAAGUAAAUGUCAGCAUUUUUUAUUUUUGCUAAAGAUUGCAUUUCACAUUUUGAAAUGUUAAAAUUGUUAAAUUUAUAUGAAAAAAUACAAAAAGUAAGAAAAAAAUCCA